AUUUUUUAACCUAAAGAAAAGGUGGGACCCUGAAGGAACAGGUGACCAUUUUAAGUUGGUUUUAUUUACUUGCAUUUUGUAAAUUGACAAAGCUCUUAAAUAUUGCAUCUUUUUCUCUCCUUUCCUUUGGCAUUUUAUCACCUGUGAUAAGGAAGCCGUUGCGGAAAUUAAAGUUUGUAGUUCAUAAGAGAUUCAGACCUCUGCUGUGGAUUAUUAUUCAUCUAUCAUUUCUUUCUGGGCUUGCCUUGAGGUCCCGUUUUUACAUCUCUUGGUCCUUUCUGUAGACAACUAUUGCCAAACUUUGCUUUCUCUUCGCGUACCUAGAAAUUGCUCAGAAACAAGAUUAGCCUUGCGUAUGGGCACGUUCUUGUGUUCGAAUAAUGAUAUUCACUUAACCUAUUUAUAAAAGCUCUUAUUUGUGUACUUGAUUACGUGCAUCCCAUGACCUGGCUCCUUUUCUUUUGCUGUUAUUUACUGAUAAAAAUAAAUCUCCUGCGCUAAGCAGUAGGAAUCUCUCCGAAAUGCAAGAGAAGUCCUAAGGGGAGAAUUCAUAUGUUAAUGAGCCCUUCCAAGUGAGAACUUGGUUAAACGUGCCAUUUGCUGACAUCAUUGUUAUGUGCAGAGUGGAGACGAUUUCUGUAAGAGGUGGCUUGCAUAUUACCCCAGCGUUUUGUGGCCCGCGCGUGCACCUGCGGGAGGGGGAAGUUUACAUAAGCAUCAUGGGGUCUUUGCAUCUCAGCUGCUCUGAGCACUCACUUAGGGUUUCCGGGAAUGGAGCAGGCGGACAGAGGUGGGUAGGUGCUCGAGCCACGAGAUUGGCCAAGUGGGUGGGUAACUUUUCCAGGAAUAACGUGCGCGCGGGACAUCGUGAAGACUUGCCAGGGGCACGGUCAGCAGUGACAGUUCCUGGAAAGCCGGCAGCGGCGAUAUGUAGCUGGGCAGGCGCCUCCUGCGGACGCGAGCGGGGAGCCGACCAGGGCUGGCACCGCGGGCCGGGCGGCCAGCCCGCCGCUCUCCGCCCUCCGCGGAGGGUGGGACGGCAGCCACUGUUUGAUGUCCUGUGACUAAGAAAACGGCUUUUAACUUGAUUGUUAUGCCUUUGGAGAUGGAGCCCAAAAUGAGCAAACUCGCCUUUGGGUGCCAGCGAAGUUCCACGUCAGACGACGAUUCUGGCUGUGCUUUGGAGGAGUACGCCUGGGUGCCCCCGGGCCUCAGACCAGAGCAGAUCCAGCUCUAUUUUGCUUGCUUACCGGAGGAAAAGGUUCCUUAUGUCAACAGCCCUGGAGAGAAGCAUCGAAUUAAACAGCUUUUGUACCAGUUGCCACCACAUGAUAAUGAGGUGCGGUACUGCCAGUCUUUGAGCGAAGAGGAGAAAAAAGAAUUGCAGGUGUUCAGUGCUCAGCGGAAGAAGGAAGCGCUUGGAAGGGGAACGAUUAAACUCUUGUCCAGAGCAGUCAUGCACGCUGUGUGUGAGCAGUGUGGGUUGAAGAUAAAUGGAGGUGAAAUUGCAGUGUUUGCCUCUCGCGCGGGCCCUGGAAUAUGCUGGCACCCAUCCUGUUUUGUCUGCUUCACGUGUAACGAGCUGCUGGUCGACCUCAUCUAUUUUUACCAGGAUGGAAAAAUUCACUGUGGCAGGCACCACGCUGAACUGCUCAAGCCACGGUGUUCAGCAUGUGAUGAGAUAAUUUUUGCUGAUGAGUGCACAGAAGCUGAGGGUCGCCAUUGGCACAUGAAACACUUCUGCUGCCUUGAGUGUGAAACGGUCCUCGGCGGACAGAGGUACAUCAUGAAGGAUGGCCGCCCGUUCUGCUGUGGCUGUUUUGAGUCUCUGUAUGCCGAGUACUGUGAAACCUGUGGGGAGCAUAUUGGUGUCGACCAUGCACAGAUGACCUACGACGGGCAGCACUGGCAUGCCACAGAAGCCUGCUUUUCUUGUGCCCAGUGUAAAGCCUCUUUACUGGGGUGUCCCUUCCUUCCCAAACAAGGUCAGAUUUAUUGCUCAAAAACCUGCAGCCUUGGUGAAGACGUCCAUGCCUCUGAUUCUUCGGACUCUGCAUUUCAGUCAGCUCGAUCAAGGGACUCCAGAAGAAGUGUCCGGAUGGGCAAAAGCAGUCGGUCAGCGGAUCAGUGUAGGCAGUCUCUCCUCUUGUCCCCCGCUCUGAAUUACAAGUUUCCUGGCCUUUCAGGCAAUGCUGACGACACCCUUUCUCGGAAACUAGAUGAUCUGAGUCUCUCCAGGCAAGGAGCAAGUUUUGUCAAUGAAGAAUUUUGGAAAGGCAGAGUAGAGCACGAAACCCCAGAAGACCCUGAAGAAUGGGCUGAGCAUGAAGAUUAUAUGACGCAGCUCCUCCUCAAGUUUGGUGAUAAAAGCCUCUUUCAGCAGCAGCCCAAUGAGAUGGAUAUUCGAGCCAGUGAGCAUUGGAUAUCUGAUAACAUGGUUAAAAAUAAGACUGAAUUAAAGCAAAAUAACCAGAGCCUUGCAAGUAAAAAGUACCAAUCUGAUAUGUAUUGGGCACAGUCACAAGAUGGACUGGGCGAUUCUGCUUAUGGCAGCCACCCAGGGCCUGCAAGCAGUAGGAGGCUCCAGGAACUAGAUCUGGACCAUGGGGCUGCGGGAUAUAAUCAUGAUCAAACACAGUGGUAUGAGGAUUCCCUGGAGUGUUUGUCAGACUUGAAACCAGAGCAUAGUGUUCGGGAUUCCAUGGAUUCUUUGGCUUUGUCUAAUAUCACAGGAGCUUCGGUGGAUGGAGAAAGUAAGCCAAGGCCGUCAUUAUAUUCUCUGCAAAACUUCGAGGAAAUGGAAGCAGAAGAUUGUGAGAAAAUGAGCAAUAUGGGGACUUUGAACUCUUCCAUGCUGCACAGGAGUGCAGAGUCCUUGAAGAGUCUAAGUUCAGAGUUGUGUCCAGAAAAAAUCAUGCCUGAGGAGAAACCCGUACAUCUGCCUGUGCUCAGAAGAUCCAAGUCUCAGUCCAGACCACAGCAGGUCAAGUUUUCGGAUGAUGUCAUUGACAAUGGAAACUAUGACAACAUUGAAAUCCGGCAGCCUCCAAUGAGCGAGAGGACUCGGAGACGGGUCUACCAUUUCGAAGAGAGGGGAUCCAGGUCUCAUCACCAUCGCCGCAGGAGAAGUAGGAAGUCCCGCUCUGACAACGCCCUGAAUCUUGUUACAGAAAGAAAAUACUCUCCCAAGGACAGACUGCGGCUUUACACCCCCGACAGUUAUGAGAAAUUUAUACAGAAUAAGAGUGCCCGGGAGAUCCAAGCAUACAUCCAGAAUGCCGAUCUCUAUGGACAGUAUGCCCAUGCCACUUCCGACUACGCCCUGCAGAACCCGGGAGUGCACAGGUUUCUGGGACUCUAUGGGGAGGACGACGAUUCCUGGUGUUCCUCCUCCACCUCCUCCUCCGACUCAGAAGAAGAAGGAUAUUUUCUUGGACAACCAAUUCCUCAGCCCCGGCCACAGAGAUACGCCUACUAUACAGACGACCUUUCUAGUCCAACUUCUGCGCUCCCUACUCCUCAGUUUGGUCAGAGGACAACUAAAUCCAAGAAGAAAAAGGGACACAAGGGCAAAAACUGUAUUAUUUCUUAAGCUGGUAGCUGUGGUGAUCAUGUUUAAACUUAGCCAUUAACCAUCUUGAAUCAUAUCUUUUUUCUUCCAUAGGAAAGUUGCUAAAAUAGUUUAAAGUGCUUUGCCCAUGUAAAUGAGACCCCGGCAGCUGUUUACAGUGUCAGAUUAACAUAUGGAAGGUGUGAUUUCUCCAGUGUACCCUCCUCGGAUGGCGCCAGGUUGACGUGACAUCUUGUGCCUGUCAAGUGCAUCAGUGUUUUAUAUAGCUCCUUUGCUCUCCAGUCCUCAAGAGAAUCCUUAAGAAACUGUCAUGAGGUGAUUGGACGAGGGUGUUGAUUUUAGACAAUGGAGAACUUCAGCCACCUUUGUAAAGCAAUAGUGUUUGUCGUUCGUCUGCGCCAGGUUGGCCCAGGUCCUGAUCCGUGUGUCUUGUGAGGCAUGCGCGUAGUGACGCUGACCCAGCCAACACUGUGCAUCCCAUCGUGCGAGGCCACCUCAUCCCCUUUCAGUCCUCAUUAGCCAGGUAAACAUUGUAUUGUAUUAGUUCCAGCUACAGACUGAAAAAAGCAUUGCUAUUUAUAAUGUAGUAUUUCACAGACUUAAGUGUAUUCCUAAUUUAAUGGUGCAAAUAUUAAUGUACAUACUGUACAGUUCAGAUUUUAAAGCUGAUAUUUUUAUAUCCCUGAAUUGCAAGAUGUUUGUUACACUGCAGUGCUAGAUUUGUUAGGGAACCAGAAACAGCAUUUAUGGAUGAAAUGAUUGCUUGUAUUUUAGUCAGGGUUUAUAAGUUUAGAUGGUCAAAUUUAUAUUGCCUAGUGAUGGAAAGUUCAAUUUUUUUUUGAUUUUUCAAUAUUAAAAAGGCUCUGUAUGCAUGGUGGGGCUAUGUAAAUAUUCUUUAAAACUAUGGCCCUAUUAAUCUUACAAGUGUUAUUUAUGGGUCAAGCAAUGUAAACUGUAUAAAUGUAAAAACAAACAAAAAAACCCACAUAUACCCCUGGAAUAUAUGGUAAAAACAAGUAGAAGCUGUUUGGGUGAAUGUUUUCUUCCCCCUUGGGGAUGGUAGGGGGUGCCUUUCCCAUUUUUAGCAAGGUGGUGAUUAUCUCCUGCGAAGAGACCAAAACUAUAAGGAUCUGCUUUUUGUAGCAGAGGACUUUGUAGAUUUAUUAUCUGAAGAGAAGUUAUUCCUUUUUAUCCCUUCCUUCCAGCUAAUUUGUUGGCCUUUAACAGCAGUUUUGAAAACUAGGCCUUCUGGUUAUGUUUCUCUUUUAAAAUCUUUAAAUUGGAGGAUACUGUGCCACUGACUACAUCAAGUUAAUAUGAGGUUCUAUUUCAAGUUUUCUUGGAUUUGAAGUAAUGAGCUGAUAUUUUGAUAUGUGCCAUUCUUACACAUAUGUUUCAGGCCUGAGGUCAUAGUGGUAUCUCAGACCUUUAGGAAAGUGUUUAAUAAAUGCUUAAUAAAUCACAAACUACCUUUCUGAACACAAAUCUUUGCAAACACAUCCAGAUCACUUCCAUUUUGCUCCUUUGUUGGUUUGCCAUUCUUCUACCAUUUGCAGACCACCAUUUGACUCCUGCAUAUCCACUUGCCCCUGUGAGUAGGCGGGAAAUAGGACUUGAGACACAGAGCUAAGGUUGUCUGUAUUUACCAGAAUGGGCAAAAGCUGUUAGGCCUUGGGAAGGAGGAACAUGGAUCCAGUAGGUGAACCAGUGGUCUACAGCGUCCCCCUAUACCCAUCCCUGGAUAGUCAGGGCUUUGUAUCUGAGCUAGACAGGGCCCCUUCAAAACGCACCACUGGGGAGAGAGCGCUUUACUCAGUAACUGUAUCAUUUCCCUCGUCUGGUUCAUUUUAAAAACAUAUCAGUGAUGAAAAGGAAAUGCAUGCACACAGUAAAAAAAAUUCAAACAAUAAAGGACAGUCAGGUGUCUUCUUUCCACUCUUCAUCCCCAGUCCCUCAGUUCCCUUCCCCAGAAGUAACCACUAUUAUCCAUUUCUAGUGUAUCCUUCAGAUGUUCAAAACAUAUUUAUAUAAAUGUAUGUUUAAAAAAUGGUAGCAAACUAUA